AUGGAAAGAUUGCAGGAAAAAGGUGCAGUGCCACUAGAUGUACUUUUUUCUCCUGUGCAAAAUGCAUCAAUUGAAAUAGAAAAUGUUCGUAUAGGCUACAGGAAUGAUUAUGAAAAGAUUCUUCUUACAAUCAACACCAAUGGCCUACUGAGCCCCAGCGAUGCACUAGGUCAAGCGGCCAAGAUAAUCAAGGAGCAUAUGGAUUUACUUAUUAAUUUUGAUGAGUUGCUUAUUGAAAAAGAUGAUGGAACAGAUCAAAAGUUAAUAGAAAUGAAGAAAUUACUUAGCCUUUCUAUUGAAGAAUUAGAACUUUCAUCGCGAUCUUUUAAUUGCCUAAGAGCAGCUAAUAUAGAUAAAAGCAAUAAGGAACACAGCGUUCAAGAGCAAAAGAAAAAUAAAAGAGAAAAAGGGACAGCAGAAAAACCUGCAGUAAAAGAGAAAAAUACAAAAACCAGUGUAGCUACACCCACAAACAAGCAAAAAUAG